UCCGGCCGUAAAUAUACGUUUGACCAAAUCUUGAAACAGGAAUUUCACCGGCAAGAUAAGGCAAGUUUGGAAGGAUUCCAGAAGCAUGCGAUCAAUCGGGGAAUGCCUCGACCAUUUUUCUUGCAAGAAAUUUCACUCGAUAUUUUCGGAGAGCUUUAAUGAAUAAGCAUAGGGUCAGAGCUUGAAAACCCGAUAUCAGUCUUUGUAUGAUAUCAUGAUCUUAGUCGUUUGCAGGAGGCGUAUUACAUACAAACCUUGUAUUGAUCUAGUUCACUGUUUCAACUUCUAUGUAGCUUCAUGAUAGACUAUCAGAGCGCAAAAUUCUAAGGUUCGAUUCCUUAUGAGGGUAUUCGGAUUUUUUUCUUUUCCAACCAGCGUGAAUAACCGAUUUAAGUCUCUUUUUAUGUACCAUCUUUUUUAUUUCGUUUUUUUUAUACAUUACUCUUAAAAGAUAUCGACAUGUCAGUUAAGGAGCUGUCAAAAGCAUCAACGUCGGCUGAGCAUGGAAAAGCGUCGAUUACCAAAUUCGUUUUCUCAAUAGGCUUGAGCCUGUCUGGCGGCAUCUUUGAAGGCGCCAUACGUACUUUUAUCAUACCAAGACAGAGAUGGAUUUCUAAAAGACACAUCGAUCAUUUGGUCGAGAUUCUCGUUUGUGAAAGACAACUACGAAAUGUCGAGAGUGUUACAGCGAACGCGCAAAUUUUUCGCCAUCACCACGUUACUUCGCUUCGCUUCGUGGCUUGCUUUAGGUUGUUUUUGAGUUCCAAUUUUAUAUCCAAAAAGAGACAAAUUAUCUGAUAGGGCAAAGUAUCCAUACAUGAAGACAUUGAUAGCCGUUCAUAGAAGUCACAAGAUGUAAUCCGCUAUUUCUAGUGCACUGUUUCCUAGUUUUCUGUAAUGAACCCAAAACAUGGCUCAAAUUUAAAAUAAAAACUGUUUAAAUAUGAUUAAAUUUAAAACGCCUUGUUUAUUUUCCCAGCCAGCAAGACAGACUAUAAAAGUAAACGAAGAAACGACGCAAAUAUUAUUUUGCGUUACACCUAUUCGGGUUGGCUGACACGACAAACAAAUUGCCGAUAUUAAUAUUGAUCAAAACCGCCAAAGAGUUGAAUUUAUGAAACAAGGUGAAUUUUGUGGGCCAGCGAAAUUUCAGCUUCUGUCCAACUGCAACUGUCCUCGAUAUUUAGAACAUAAUACCAACGAAUUUGUAAAAUUUUGAGCGUUUUAUUUUUUUUCUUUAAAACAGCUCAUUAUAAUUCAAAUUCUAACCCAAACAAAAAUGUAGCCGCUUAUAAUUUCAGUUUGGAUAUAUCACUAAAUUGAAACGCUGUUGAAAGACGUUAAUUACGCCAAAUUGCGCCGGCCGCAGAGACCACGAAAAACGAAGAGCUAACACAGCCGGAACAAGAUAACGAGGAUGAUAUUUCUGCUUAUUAAGAUGUACAAAAUAUAUAAAAGACGCAUCUUAUUCUUUCGUUUAUUAACUCAAAAGGUUGACUAUUUUUUUUGCUGUCUCUUCAACAGACUUGAUAACUUAUUCAUAGGCACGAAAACCGUAUCUGCUUGCUUAUCAGUCUUGACGUCAUCGUUGAAACACCAAAGAUCUAUUAUUCCUCUUCGUGAACAAUAAGCAAACACAAGCAGGCUGUCGUUCUUUGCUACUCACUUCCCUCCAACAAGGCUUCUUGUGAGAGAGAUGUUACACUAAAGAAAAACCAUGUAUGGGAUGCUCUUGGAAAGCGUAGAGCAUUUCUUGAAAGAGAAAUACGGUGAAAAAAUCUGGCAUUUAAUUCGUCAGCGGACAGGAAUUAAAAAUCAUGUAUUCGUGACACACGAAAGGUACUCAGAUAAUCUGAUGUUGGAAAUCGCGUCUGCAGCGGUAGAAGUACUCGGAAAUGAGACAAAAAUGACCUCGGAAGACUUCAUUCAAUUUUUUGGGACGUGCUUUGUGAAAUUUUUCAGCAACUACGGCUACGAUAGGUUUAUACAAAUAAGCGGCAGGCAUUUUAGUGACUUCCUACGAGGAAUCGACAAUUUACACGAACACAUGCGAUUUGCUUACCCAAAGCUCAUGUCACCGUCAUUCUACUGUUCAGAAGAGGCAAGCACGGGAUUACUGCUACACUACAAAUCUAAACGUCGAGGAUUCCAGCGAUACGUAAUGGGGCAAAUGAUGGAGGUGGCUAGCAUGUUCUACAACAUCGUUAUUGAGAUGCAAGUACUUAAAAGCGAUUCAACUGAUUCAGGUUGUCACGUUGUUUACAAACUUAAUUUUGACAACUCGGCUUUUAAACCUCCUACGCCCGACGCUUUGUCAAUUCAACAUAAUCGCGAUUUAUCUUGCGAGGCUUUUUUUCAUAUCAUGCCGUUCAGUUUUCUCGUGACGCCUGACAUGAAAAUAUAUAUGGCAGGAAAGGCAUUAUCUUCAAUGCUUGGAACCAUUUUAGUUGGAAAUCGUGUAGAUGCAGUUUUUGCCUUACGACGACCUCAAAGGGAAUUUUCCUGGGAGAACAUUAAAUCAUGGAAUGUCAUCUGCGAAUUAGUUGGCAAACAUCCGUGCUUAAAGCAUCACUCCAGCAAAAAACCUCCGCUGAGGGCUGUGAAAUCAGUGGGUAACGAAGAUCAUCUUAAACCCAGAGAGUCAAACCACAUUUUAGAGCGUAGAACGAUAUUGGACGAAACCGGACAUCACAACGGUUUCGCGGCCCUUAAAUCACGGCGACAUAGUGACCAUCCGCUAAACGGUACUUUGGUAACAAAAUUUUGUGGAAGUGAUUACUCGGCUAAAGUGUCGAGGCCUUUGCAUCUGAGAGGCCAGAUGAAAUAUCUAAAGAAAUACGAUAUGGUGUUGUUCAUUUGUUCUCCUAUGAUAAGCAGUGUGGAAGAAAUGGCCCGUACAGGGAUGUACAUAAGUGAUCUGAGAAUGCAUAACUCCUCGCAAGAGAUGGUUUUAUCUGGUAUCCAGCCUCUUCCAGAGCUUGAAUAUGCACGUGAUCAGCUCUUGGAUCGGGGAAAGAUGUUAGAGGAGAGUUUAGAGAAACUUGAUCAGGAGAGGCAGAGGAGUGAGGAACUUCUAUAUCGAAUGAUGCCAAAAGCUGUAGCUGACCGGUUACGAGAUGGUCAGAAAGCUGUUCAAACUUGCGAGCAUUUUGAUAGUGUUACCAUCAUGUUCAGCUACUUGGAUAAUUUUGACAACAUUUGCGCUAGCGUUUCACCAAUGGAAGUCGUCACUCUUGUCAAUAAGAUGUUCUUAACUUUUGACGAACUGAGUGAAAAACACGACGUCUAUAAGUUUGAGACCCUUGGGGACGCCCAGUAUAUGGUGGUCAAUGGUGUACCAGUUAGAAAGGACCGACACGUGGAGCCUGUGGCAGCAAUGGCCCUAGAUAUUUUAGACUCAGUUCGAGAACUGAGACAUCCCACUUCCAAGAGGUUAUUAACUGUUUCGAUAGGGAUACAUCUUGGGCCGGUAGCAGCUGGACUCGUGGGAGAGAAAAUGCCACAAUACUGUCUGUUUGGUGAUAGCGUGAACAUGGCGGCAAGACUCAGAACAACGUCUCUUCCGAUGAGGAUUCAUAUUAGUAAAAGCUGCCACGAAAGCUUGAAGGAAAUUGGCUUUAAAACAGAGUUCCGGGGACAAAUAGAGCUAAAGGGAAGAGGAAAGAUGCAUACUUAUUGGCUGAUAGGAAGGAAUUAGACGACUGAUACGCGAGACCUAACUUCUAAAGAACCUGCUGCUGACUAAAAGCUAUGCAUCACGUGGUCAUGAGAAUAGAGGAAAUGAUCGCUGAUCAAUGAAGCUCUUGAUUGUUAAACAAAUUCUUCUUGUCAGCGCCUAAGGAAAUAUAAAGAGAACAGCAUGAAGAAUAUGAAUUCCGAUGUUACGGUGCAUAAAGGGUUUAAAAACGUACAAAAUAGCCAUUUGUGAACAUUGUAUCAUGACUUAGAGCACUAAGGGAAACCAGUUUUAAAUCACCGCCUUAUUUCCUUUUCCCAUCAAAUACUUGUUUUGGGAUAGCAUUGGGAUUAACCUAUUUCUACAGUAUCACUGAAGAACGAAAUAACGAGCUGAAAAUGAAUGUUUACAAGUGACCUGUACCGUCCUGUACCGUCAAAAUUUGUACACGAAAUUUUUAUACCUAUUUAAGAGUUUGAGUCAAUAUAUUUAUAAACUUGUUUUGAAGAUGGGCAGUUUUGUUGGUAAAGAAAAGGAUUUUUAAUAAACACAUUUCGAAACAGUUUUGAAAAA